AUGGGGGACAAGAGCCGGCCCCUCGACCAAUGUAGCAAGAAUGAGUUGGGGGAGGGUGAUGGCCUCCGGCAAAUGCCGUGUUGUGUGGCUGUGCCUGCGGCCCACAGUGGGCCAGAACCUGGCCCAGGGUCCGGGGCCUGAGGGCCCCAGGUCUCCGCAUUUUCUCAGUGGACAGAGAACCAGCCGGUGGGCAGGAAGGGAAUUUCCUGAAACUCAGCGGAUCAGAAAUGUCUGGUUGACAGCAGGGAGCGGGUCGAGCAUGCAGUCGCCAGCAGAGAAGGAGGCCGGGCUCCGGGGCCCGCGGGAGCGAACCGGAAAGGGGUCCCUUGAGGAACGCGCCCGGGGGGCGCCCGCGGCGCAGCCCCCCAAGCCAGGGUGGGCCCUGACGCUGGAGGAGCUGGCGGCCAUGAGCCCCGCGCAGCGUCACCGCCACCUGCUCUUCGGUGACCAGCUUGAGGACGUGGGCGCGGCCGCCUCUAUCUUCCCGCGCGAGUCAGUGGAGCUGGGGAGCCGUAUGCCCGACCCGCGUGCGUGGACGCAGUCACCGGAGCCGCCCGGCGUGCGCCAGGACCGGCUCCUCGGCGUCCUCAAGGCAGCCGAGGCCCGGGGACGAAUCCGCGCCUUGCGGCUGCGCUACAUCCGCAUGCGGGCGGAGGAGAUCUCGCUCCUCACCUGGCAGCAGAAGUCCGCGCGCGCCGCCAUCCGGCUGGAGCUGUUCCUACCGCCGCAGCUGAAGCCCACGCGGAUCCCGGACCCCCUGGAUCGUCAAGAGAGGAGGCGCGUGGAGACCAUCCUGGAGGAGAAAGUUGACGGCAGCGUCUUCCCACGUUGACGCGGCCCCACCCUUCCACAUAAAGUUCUCACGGUUCAA